AUGAACAGCAAACCUCAACAAGAAGAAGAACAACAACAACAACAACCAAUCGUAUUCGUCACCGGUACAGAUACUGAUGUCGGCAAGACUUUUGUAUCUGCAUUGCUGGUACACAAAUGGAAAGCUGCAUACUGGAAACCCGUGCAGACAGGAAUUGAGUCAGAUCAAGGUGACUCGGAGACAUUGAAAAAUUUCAAAGUAGCCGCAUCGACUUGGCAACCACGUAUAUUCACGCCCACGUAUGUGCUGCAGAAGCCUCUGUCUCCGCUACAGGCCAUGGAAUACGAGCCUGAAGUGGACAUCAAGUUGUUGGAUUUUGCAGUUCCUGAUGAAUGGGACGCAGAGAGCCCACUGGUCGUAGAAGGAGCCGGUGGGGUCUGCGUGCCCAUCACUCGCAAGCUGGAAAUAACUACGGAUCUGAUUAAACAUCUGAUCGAGACUAGUAGUCAUCCUGUGUACGUGGUUGUCGUGGCACGCAGCGGAUUGGGAACUCUGAAUCAUACGUUGCUUACAUGGAAUCACCUCUGCGAUAACGGUUUGAGAGGUCACUUGUUCGGGGUCAUUCUUAAUGGGGAACCCAAUGAAGGCAACGUGCAGGUGCUCGAGAAGUUCGGUGUGGACGUGAUCGCACAAGUUGGACAAUGUGCUACGGCGCAGAACUUGGAAAUGGCGCUGCAUGGGCUGCCAACGGUGGAGUCAUUGGUGACCCAACAAGAUAAAUAA